AUGGUGGAUAUGAUGGCUGAUUUUCAACUUGCAGUAAUGGUGUAUGAGAAGAAAGAAGAAGAAUUUGUUUUCAAUGAUAUAUCUGAGCGGCCAAUUCCAUCCUUAUUACGAGGUUUUAGCGCUCCUGUGUGGCUUCACACUGAUCUAUCUGAUAGUGAUCUAUUCUUCCUCCUUGCUCAUGAUUCUGAUGAGUUCAACCAUUGGGAAGCUGGGCAGAUCUUGGCUAGGAAGCUUAUGCUUAGCCUGGUGGGUGAUUUCCUGGAAAACAAGCCCUUGGUUCUAAACCCACAAUUUGUACAAGGACUCAGAAGCAUACUCUGUGAUUCAAGCCUGGACAAGGAGUUUAUCUCAAAGGCAAUAACUCUGCCUGGGGAAGGAGAGAUUAUGGACAUGAUGGAAGUUGCUGACCCGGAUGCUGUUCAUGCUGUCCGAAAUUUCAUCAGAAUGGAGCUUGCUUCUGCAUUGAAAGAAGAGUUCCUCAACACAGUGAACCACAACCACAGCUCAGAACUAUAUGAGUUUAAUCAUCCCAGAAUGGGUAGGCAUGCCCUCAAAAAUAUUGCCCUUGCAUAUCUUGGGUCUCUCGAAGAUCCAGAAGUUUCUGAGCUUGCACUGAAUGAAUAUAGGCUUGCUACCAAUAUUACAGAGCAGUUUGCAGCUUUUGUUGCCAUUGAACAGAAGCCAGGUGAAAUUCGAGAUCAAGUUUUGCCUGGUUUCUACAAAAAAGGGCAGCAUGACUUUUUGGUUGUAAACAAGUGGUUUGCACUUCAAGCCGCAUCAGAUAUUCCUGGGAAUGCUGCAAAUGUCAAUAAGCUUCUAGAACAUCCUGCCUUUGACCUGCGCAAUUCAAACAAGGUAUAUAUUGAUUAAUUGGAGGAUUCCGUGUCAACUUCCAUGCAAAAGAUGGAUCAGGCUACAAAUUCUUGGGAGAAAUUGAGUGCCUAUUUGACCGGGCCCAGAGAUGCAAUUUUCACCACGGCGGACCGGUCAACUAAAGGGCGAUACAGGAACAUCACGCAUUCACAUGCGCCGUCUCUUAAAAGUUAAAGCCUAGGACGAAGGCAGAUAAUUGAUUAAUGGAGUUUUCUGAUGCUGUUGACCGUUGUUGACUUUUGUGUUUGCUUGUCAAUAUGCCUUUUUCUGCAACCCCGAUCCACACACACACACACACACACACCACCACCACCACCACCACCACCAACGACAACAACUUCUUUUUCCCGGUUAGGUUAGGAGUCAUUGCGGUUGCAGCCGGUUUCCUAGAUUAUGCUUCUCUUGCAUACAAAUGUUAUGCA